AUAUCAAUAAUAAUUUUUUAAAAAGGUGAAGUAUGAACUUGAAGGGCCCAAUCUUGAUACCCAAACUGUCACGUCAAACCUAUUGGAAACUGAGCCCACGCUUCAACGGCCCAUUAAUAUACUUGAGCCCAAGCCCAAUUUCUCAACUACUCUCAUCUCUUAACAAGCUUCCACCCGUCGCUAUCCCCAUCGUUCUUCGCCGAUCGGGAAUCGGGAGUGGUGCAGCGGAGGCUUUCGAUCCUUAUUCUGCCAUGGGAGUUCACUUCCAGCUCUGCACGAUGACGACAACAACAGGCACACAAUCGAAAUUCAAUCAUAGAAUUAUUACAAUCAGCUUGGCAAAGAAGUUUCAUUCAAAUAGCUCGGCAAAGAGGGAGGCCAGAAUCGAGACGGGAUCCCCAACAACGAUACUUACGAUUGUCUUGAUCAAGAUCUUGAGGAUUUUGAGAAUCUUUUUACAUCCUCUCUUCCGACGACUAAUUUCUUUCAGCUGCAUCUUAAUCUUCAUCUUCACAACGAGAUAUUGUCCGGCAGUGUUUUCUCCGCUCCUGUCCAAUUCAUCAACAACCAUAUCAAUAACACAAUCCACAUCAACAUGGGAAAAGAUCAGAGAGCAGAGAAGAGAUUUGAGAAUAUGCAGAAUGGGAUGUGUGGCAUAUUUAAUGAGCAUAUGAUCUUCAGCUACUUUUCUCCGACUCCAUGCAUUGACAUUCCAUAUGAAUUUGAACGAAAUUCCUCUAACACUGGUACGCGCUACACUUCUCUUCCGCUUCUAGAACUUCCUCCUCACGUUGACCUACGUUUAUGUUUAAUGCUACUUUAUAUUUCUUUAAUGGGGUUUAUUUAUAUAAUCUGUGUUUUGAUUCAAAUUUCACUCAAUAUUACAAUAAUAUUUAGUAGACAACACGACUCUUCACAAUGGUAUGAUAUUGUCUUGUCUACUCUCAUGGCUUUGCUUUGGGCUCCAAAAGGUCUCAUAUCAAUGAAGAGUGUAUUCGGAGUUAAA